AGUGUGUACACGUGUGCGGGUGACCGUCUGAAAUCAAGCAAAGAGGUUUAUAGACCCUGCAGCGAGAUCCAUCAUACCACUAUCUGAAACCUUACCUUACAAAAUCUUUCCAAAGAAGACCCUGCACCAGACCUUCAACAGGAUGGGCGAAGACUCAGCUCACGCCGACCGCAGUACAGCCACACUGUCUGGGCCCGCCAGCUCUGAGCCUGACAGCACUUCUACCCUGCCUGGGCCCACCAGCUCCGAGCCCUGCUCCACUACCUUACCUGAGCACGCCAGCUCCGAGUCCCCCAGCACCACUACUCUGCAUGGGGCAGUCAGCUCCGAGCCCUGCUCCACUAUCCUAAAUGAGCACGCCAUCUCCGAGUCCCCCAGCGUCACUACCCUACCUGGUCCUGUCAGCUCCAACCGGAGCUCCACCAUCCUUCCUGGGCAAGCCAGCACCAACCGCAAGUCCGCCACUCUGCCAGCCAACUCCAACCGCAUCUCCACCAUCAUUCCUGGUCUAGCCAGCACUGAUGCUUCCUCUGAGCUGGAGGUGGAAGCCCAAGACAUUCUCAUUCCCAGCUUCGGCCGUGGCUCGGCCCCAUCAUCGCCCAUUCACACCCUGACACGCCGAGGAUCCAAAAACACCGGUAGCCCUACUGGCGGCCAGGUGAGUGCCAUCACAGUCGUGGCACUGCUUGACCAGCUAGUGGCGAUGAUCGAGGCCGUGCAGGACAACCAACGACGGAUGGAGAAACGGCAGGUGGAGCUGGAGGGUGUGGUGCGUGGCGUUCAGGGAGACGUGAUCCGCCUGGCCAAGAGUCACACAUCCACGGCCAACAGUGUGGCCAAACUCCUGGAGCGAUCUCGCAAGACUAGUGGCUACGUCAAGGAGGUGCGGGAGCGGCUGGAGAGGCAGAGCACGCAGGUUAAGCGGUUGGAGGCCAACCAUGCCAACUUGCUCAAGAGGAACCACUUUAAAGUGAUCAUCUUCCAGGAGGAUAAUGAGAUCCCCACCACGCUGUUAACUAAGGAUUCCACAGCAGAGCUUUCAAAUAUCACCUCACCACCCGUUCAGGAUGAGAUGCCUGCCUCUACUCAUGCUAUGGCUGCCGGUGUCUCCCAUGAGGAAGGCCUACAGACCAUCAGCCUAUCCUCUGAUGAGGAUGAGGGAGCAGCAAGCCCCACAGCAGAGGGCAACAUGGAGCACCUUGUGGAGGUCCACGAUGAGGAGCUGCCGGGCCUAGGGGCUGAGCGCAUCGAGCGCUCCCGUGCCGACAAAUUCAAGCGCUCCAGCCUGAAGAAGGUGGACAGCCUGAAGAAGGCCUUCUCCCGCAGCAGCAUCGAGAAGAAGAUCAACAAGAUCGUCCCUCCGGAGCGCCGGGAGAAGAUCAAGAAGAGCUUCACACCCAACCAUCCCAAGAGUCCCACCUCCAAGAGCGCAUCCUUCCAUGUCUCACCCAUGACCUUCAACGUCAAGAAGGUGCGAGAUGGAGACGAUGAGGCCCUUCAGCACGGGGACCCGGUCAGCUCCCCAACCACAGUGGAGGUGCCCACCAUGGGGGAGCCAGAAGGUCAGAUGCCUGUGGCUGAGGUGCAUUUCCAGGGGGAACAGGUUAAUGGGCAGUCCAGCCCAGGCAGUGUUGAUGGUGUAAUCCUCAGUGCAGCAGAGGGAGAUCUAGACAACGGUCCCUCCAUCACACUUGCAAAAAGUGAUGUGCCAUUGCAGAAGAAUGAGGAGAAUGGUCACAAUAAUGAGAAUGGUGAUGAUCAUGGUGGAGAUGUAGUGGAGCAGGAAAUCAGACCUGCACCAGCACCUCCAUCAUCAGCUGCAGUAGCUAUCCAGCAAGUCUCUUAGAUGUAGUGGAUGUAGUCAUGCCAUCAGUACUCCGACUAUAACAGAGAUCUUGGUGCAAGAAGCACAUGUUCAGUGAGCUCCUAGUUAUCUUAUGUAAAAGAUGGUCUAAUAGAAAUGAAAGCACCUUGCUAAAUAAACCUUAUUUCUGUAAAAAGACAUUUCCUGCCCCUAAGUACGUUUCACAUGGUAAAGGGUAAAUUAAACAAACAGGAAACAAUAAUGUCAAACACAGGAUAGUGAAGAAGAGUUAUAUUUCAUUUUUAUUGUGUAUAGCUUUUAACCUCUACUGCAUGUAAACCAAUUCUUGACCUAAUAUUCUGGUCAGCGGAUCUGUAAUACACUCAAAUGUGCCUCCUUACAGAAAUGAAAUAAUUAAGAAAUGAUCUAGAUUAUGGAAAAUAAAAAAAUAUUAUUCUCUUCACUACAAACGAAGUCCAAAUUAAUUAAUUAAUUAAUUAAUUAAUUAAUUAAUUACAUACUGGCGAUCAAAAUAAUUAAGAAACACCUUUGAAGUUUCACAUGGUAAACAUGUGACAUGAUGCAAUGUUGCCAAAUAGAGGAUGAUAUUAGAAAGCUUAUAUUUCAUUUUUGUUGUUUAUAAUUUUUUAACUCUACUGCAUGUAGAUUUAUUGCUGACAUAGUAUUCUGUUCAUCAGGUCUGUUAUACACUCAAACAUGAUUCCCUAGAGAAAUGAAAGUAUUAAGAAAUUAUCUAGAUUACAGAAAUUGCAAAAUAUUAUUGUCUUCAGUGGGAGAUUCAGUUUCCAAACUUAGUACCAUUAUCAGUUGCAUCUGAACUUGCUCCUGAACAUUUUGGUAAGCUCAUGUUUGUCAGGUUUCAUUAAACUUUCAGUCCAAAACAUCAGAUAACUUAGUAUUUGGUGUAACUGGCAGUGUUGGUAUUAUUUUCAUGUAUUACAAAUUUUAUUAAAGUACUUACCAAAUGUUUUGAAA